UGCCCUGGUGAAGGAGGAAGAAGAUAAGGAUAAAUGAGGCAUUUGACAAUUUUAUAGAGCUGAAGAUUGCAAUGUAUGGAGUUACAGAAAGAAGUUGGCAUUAAGCUAAGAUUAUAGAACUUUCGGAUUAUAUAACUAUUUUAGGGGUGUUUUGGACUAAGCUUGUAAUUUCAUAAUCAAAUUAGACUANAAAGAUUUGUAUUUGAUUCAGCUUCUAAAUUUUAGUUAACUUACUUUAUCAAGAAUUAGCUACAGAGUGUCUCAUUGUAUUUGGAAUAGUGGCACGAAGAAGAAGAAUCAAAUCAUUUUUCCAUUGAAAGCGUUGCUGCCAGAUUUUUGACGCAUUUUAAGUGAUUUUUCGCUCUUCACCACCAAUUCAACUAUAUUAAUGUUAUAACGCUAUAAUGUUAACGUAUCUCAUCUAAUGAUUUUACACAGCGAGGCUUAACAUCUACGACAAAAAUGAAAGGAUGAAAGUAUAUUUAACAUCUAAUGUUUCAAUUAAAGUGAGAACAAAAGCUGAAGUAGGAUGAAAGGAUGCAUCCAAUCAUUUGCCAUGCUUGAAAUGACCACAAAAAAAGAAGAUGAAAAGAUGUAGCUGUUAGGUUGGAAGUUGAAACAUAUUAGCACCACAUUUGCCAUGUUUAGUUGAGAAAUAAGAAAGCUACUAAGAUGCAAAAUUUUUGUAUUGCUUUGAUUGACUCUGUGAUCUUUCCUUUUCCAAAAUUAGGAACGCUAAAUGAGGAAUCAUCUCGUAUCUCACAUGACAUUGUUGGUGCUGUAGAUAGGACCGCAACAGAAGGGUGAAACAGAUGCACAUGCACAUGCACAUGCACGUGUGCAUCUGUGUGAUUAAUAUUGUGUUAUGAGUACGAAAAUAUAUAAAUGGAAUGGGAGAAGAAUAAGAGAGCACGAGAAGAUGAUGGAAUCGAGAUUGAAUCUUCUUCUGAAAGUAACAUGGGUGUAAAGAAGAGAAAUGCAUAUGGCAUAAGCUUGGCGAAGGAGAAGAAGAAGGAAAUGGAAGAGGAAGAUUAUUUGGAGGCAUGGAAUUCACAUUUGGUAAUGGGAGUGUUUGAUUUUCCUUGGCUGAAAGAUGGUGUCAUGUCAAAAUCAGAUCAAUGCUUGGAUUUUGAAGACAAUUUCUCAUCAUCUCUAGAACACCAAGACACUUUAUUCAAACAGAAUGUUGAUUUCUCUGAAGAAUGUGGCUUGUGUAUAACUCCAGAGGUACCAAUGGUUCAUGCUGAAGAUGCUGACUUGGUAGAGGAUUUGUGGCAACCAUUUGAGAGUAAUGGGUUGGAGUUAGAAGCAGAAGAUGGAGAUUCUAUCUGGAACUCUCUUCUCAAUAGGCCUCUUUGACAGAAUUUGGAUUCUUUGUAUCCAUAAUUCAAAAAGUUCUUGGAAUAAGUAAUGCAGUAGAUGUAUAUAUUGGAUGAGUUCUAUUCGUGCCAGAUGCAGUUUGAUGAUUUCAUGUUCAAACUCACACUUUGAUGAUCUGAAAAAAUGUCAGCAAACACCAAAGGUAGAGAGCAAUUGGCAACCAGCAUUGGAUAUUAUUCCUUAAUGUUUAUGGUUUUCAGUUACAAUCAUGGAUUUCUGAACUUAGGGUAUAGUGUCUAUUCAUCAAUUCUAUUCCCAGACCAAUUUUUGUUACACUUUUUUCUUUGAUUGUCCAAAUAAAAUUACCUAGACUUGUAUUUUGGCCAAUUAUAAAAUGUUUUAUUACACGGACUUGAGUUUAUU